AAAUAAUAGUAAUAUACUAAUAUUUAUACAUUUAACUCAUAUUACCCAAACCCAAGUACGAAACACAGGUUCAGGACGUCGUAGGUUCUAGGUUUUACUGGUAUUGUUUAACGACACUACACGAUGAGGCUAACGGAUUGUCUGAGAGACUUUAAAAAAGUUGGAGAACUGACGAAGAAGUAUGCGAAUUUCCCAGAUUCAUACAUCAAGCGUAGCAUGGAAAAGGUUGUAUGGAAAACGCCACAAAACAAUCCUCGUUACUUACCAAGGACUGUUAAAAAGAAAAAAUAUCAUUUUUCCGACCACAGGCCUUGGUCUAUGCCAUUUAGUAGUCAAAACAAUUUUGGCGAUUUGAAGCCAAAAGUAUUUUUGGAACCGAUUAAAGAAUGGUCAAUUUUUAAAGGAGACAGGGUUGAAAUUUUGGUUGGACCUGAUAAAGGAAAACAGGGAAUUGUUGGACAUGUGAUUCAAGAGCUCAAUUGGGUGAUUGUUGAGGGUUUAAAUUGUGAAUUAGAAGAAGUUUCUCGCUGUAAAGGGCAUUUGUCAAUGGUUCAAAUGAAAGAAAAUCCACUAUUAGUCACUAGCGAGGUGUCAUUAGUAGAUCCAUCAGACUUGCAAGGUUGUACUGUUGAAUGGAGAUUUACGGAGAGUGGUGAUAAAGUACGAGUGUCUUCUAGAAGUGGAAAGAUAAUUCCAAUUCCAUCAUUAGCAAAGCAAACUUAUGAUUACAAAACACCAAAUACUUAUAAAGAAUCUGAAAAAGAUACUACAGCAGAUGAUAUUAAAAAAAUAACGUUUUCGCCUUUAUUGAAAACAUUUGAAAUGGAUGUAAUGGAUGAAAUGAAUAUCAAAGAAGAUCGAGUUCCAGCUCCAACUUAUUGGUAUUGAUUGUGAAGAAUUAAAGUAGUAUAUAAAUGUUUUAUAAUACAUUUAUGCAUUUUUGUGUUUAAUCCAUUUAGACUAAUGGUUAAUUGUUAUUGAUAAUAACUGAUUAUAAUUAAUAUUUUAUAUAUUUGUUUGAAAAAAAAAUCAAGUUAUAUAGUAUCAUUAAAAUUCGACUGAAAUGUUUCUGAAAAUAAA